CCAAUUCUCUUUAGUUUCUAUUUGGCCGGAGUGGCCGGAGAGGUCACACCAAAAAUUAAUCAAAUGAUCGGAGUUCGCUGCGUGCUUUUGUUGCUUCUCGGCGUGGUUGCCUCCACCCAGGGAGCUAACAUUUUGGGGCUCUUCAGCAGUCACAGUCCGUCGCAUCUGAUAAUCCACAUGUCGGUGGCCAAGGCUCUGGUCGAAGCUGGACACAAUGUGACCGUGGUGUCCAUGUUGAAGCCCAAGGUGACGCACAAGGAUAUCCACUUGAUUGUGGUGCCUAUGAAGGAGGAGCAAGAACGCAUCAUGGAAGACCAAAUGACCGAAAUGGCCGGGCAAAAGAACUCACUGGUCAGCACAAUGCAUCGCCUUCUAACCAGCAUGGAUGUUAUGAUCGAUUCCCAGGCGGAACUCCUCUCCGACCCUCGCUUCCAGCGCAUCUACGAGACCAAAUUCGAUUUGAUGAUUUUGGGUUACUUCAUCAACGACUUCCAACUGGGUGUCGCCCAUAAGCUAAAGGUGCCGGUAAUCAUUGAUUGGAUGUCGGCACCUGUUCCGGCAAUUGAUAAGUAUACGGGUAAUCCCUCGGAGUUAUCCUAUGUGCCCCUCAUGGGAACUGUGGCCACGCAUCCAAUGAGCUUCCUCAAGCGAGCUGAAAAUGCGUUAAAAUCCCUGUUUUUCGAAUUUAUUUUUGUUGUGUUUGAUUACAAAUUGACACGCAUUUAUAAUGACGUCUUUCCGGAAAAAGAUAUGCCCACUCUGAAGGAGUUGAGGAAGAAUAUCUCCAUGGCCUUUGUCGGCUCCCACUUAAUCAGUGAAGGACCUAUUCGACCCCUGGUGCCUGCGCUAAUCGAAAUCGGAGGAAUACAAGUGAAGGAUAAGCCGGAUCCUCUGCCCAAGGAUAUCGAUCAGUUCUUAAGCAAUGCCAAGCAAGGUGCUGUCUUCCUUUCACUCGGCUCCAAUGUCAAGAGUUCCACUGUAAGGCCAGAAAUCGUACAGACCAUCUUUAAGGUUCUGUCCGAACUGAAGGAAAACGUAAUCUGGAAAUGGGAGGACUUGGAGAACACACCCGGUAACGCCUCCAAUAUUCUAUAUAAGAACUGGCUGCCCCAAGACGAUAUACUGGCCCAUCCGAAUACCAAACUCUUUAUCACACACGCUGGAAAGGGUGGCAUUACCGAGGCCCAAUACCACGGAGUGCCAAUGGUGGCAUUGCCGAUCUUCGGAGAUCAGCCCGGAAACGCUGCCGGGAUGGAGAAAUCUGGAUAUGGCCUGGCUCUGGAUUUGUUGUCCAUAACGGAGGACGGUCUGAGAGAUGCCCUGAAAGAGGUUCUGGAAAAUCAAAAGUACAGACAAGCCAUUGGAAAAUUCUCUUCCCUGUACAGAGAUCGACCCAUGACCGCCAAGCAGUCGGUGGUUUUCUGGACUGAGUACAUCCUGAGACAUCAUGGAGCACCCAACUUGCAGAGUCCGGCCGUGCACAUGAAUUUCAUUCAGCUUAACAAUCUUGAUAUAUACGCUUUAAUUCUGGCGAUUCUGGCCCUUUUCGUGAUUCUUACCCGACUGGUUGCCAAAAUCGUGUGGAACAAAUUUUUCUGGAAGAUUUCUCAGACGAAAAAAAAACAAUAAAUUAAGUCAAAUUAACUAUUAAAAAAUUACCAAAUUGUAUUUCAUAA